AUUCUUGUAGAGCUCGCUAGGGUUUGCCAUGGCAAUGGCAGGCGUGUGGAGGUGGCCCGGGUGGGAAGUGGAGAGCUACCCCAAGCUCACAGAUUUGGCAAUGGUUCCACUCUUUGGCCUCUUCUUCCCAGCAGUGCGCUUCGUGCUAGACCGCUUUGUAUUCGAGGUUCUUGGGAGGCGAUUCAUCGCUCGAGCCAAAGGCGAUGAUCAACAGUUUGCCAAGACUUUGAUCAAGUUCAAAGAGUCGGCAUGGAAGGCGGUCUACUUCACGUCCGCGGAUUUGUUUGCGUUGCUCAUCACGUACAGGGAGCCGUGGUUCCACAACACGAAGUACUUUUGGAUCGGGCCGGGAGAUCAAGUCUGGCCCGACCAGAAGAUCAAGCUCAAGCUCAAGCUCCUCUACACUUUCUCCGCGGGAUUCUACAUCUACAGUAUGCUGGCUCUCGUGUUCUGGGAAACCCGACGCAAAGAUUUCGGUGUUAGCAUGACACACCACGUCGUAACUUUCUUGCUCAUUGCUGGUUCCUAUCCCAGCAGAUUUGCUCGAGUUGGCUCCAUGGUGCUCGCGCUACACGAUGCAGGCGACAUUUUUCUAGAGAUGGCAAAGAUGUCGAGGUAUGCUGGCUCGGACAUCUUCUCCAGCGUUUUCUUCGUCAUGUUUGCGAUCGCCUGGGUGUUGCUUCGACUGAUUUACUUCCCUUUCUGGAUCAUCUGGAGCACCUGCCGCGAGAUUGUCGGCACCUUGGAUAAGAAUGCACACAAAACUUACGGCCCGGUCAUGUACUAUGGAUUCAACACCUUUUUGAUCACGCUCUUGGUAAUGCACAUCUACUGGUGGAUCCUGAUCGUGAGGGUCCUUCUCAAGCAAAUUGAGGACAAGGGAAAGAUCGAAAAGGAUGUAAGAUCAGACAGUGAAGACGACAGCGACGACUAACUAAAGAUCAAGCUGGCUUCUAUAUGAUUCGAUCACUAAGACAAAGAUCGUGAUGAAAGCGCUUGAACCAUCUCACAUCACUUUGCAUUGUGAAGCUUUGAUUACAUGCAAAAGGAUAUACAUUCACCAGAUGAUAAGUUUCACGUACAAAUGAUAAUAUAUCUCGUCACUGGUGGAAUUCUAUCU